UUUCUCAGACAGAGUGUGAGCGUCUCACCAGCCGGAAUGACUGAAGGAGUUAGGACUGCAUAGGCUGCAGUGUAGGGAGAGAGAGUGUGUGUGUGUGAUUGUGUGAGUGCAUGUGGGUGUGCAUGUGUCUGGGCGGACUCCUGCUGUAAUGGUGCCCCAUGUGUGACUGUGCUGACCGCGACAGCCAUCCUGUCCACAGCGGAGACUUUCUCAGCAUGCAGAUGGUGUGAGCAGUCAGGGGAAAAGUUUGUAACAGCUUGUGUGAGCCUCAGCUAACUCAAUCCACUCUGUACAAACUGAGUUAGUUCUGGAGGGAAGCAGCAGCAGCUGAGGUGGACUCCAGCUUCAGCUCGUCUUAGCCCAGGAUUUCUGUUGUUGAUUGAUUACCUGUCACUCUGUUGGAUAGUUGUGCAUCACCACACGUCAGAGCUGAGGGAUCAACAAGGCUGUUUAUUUGGAAGACUAGAGUUGCUGUAAUGGAGGACCAGUGUGUGUCCCACAGCAGUCCCCAGCGCAGUGGAGGUCAGGCCAGCACAGAGAUCCAGAAACAGGGACGGCCAAGUGUCAUCAGGUGUGGGUGGCUCAGGAAGCAAGGAGGUUUUGUGAAGACUUGGCACAGUCGCUGGUUUGUUCUCCGGGGGGACCAACUCUACUAUUACAAAGACGAGGAGGAGACCAAAGUCCUGGGAACCAUUUUCUUACCUGGAAACAAAGUUUCUGAGCAUCCAACCAGCGGCGACGAUGCAGGGAAAUUUCUUUUCGAGGUCAUUCCAGGGGGAGACAGAGAGCGGAUGACAGCCAACCAUGAGACCUACCUUCUUAUGGCCAGCACCCAGAAUGACAUGGAGGAUUGGGUGAAGACGAUCCGCAGGGUCAUCUGGGCACCUUUUGGUGGAGGGAUCUUUGGUCAGAAGUUGGAGGAAACCGUGCGGUAUGAACGCCGCUUUGGGAACAAGCUUGCCCCUAUGCUGGUGGAGCAGUGUGUGGAUUUCAUUCGGCAGUGGGGCCUUCGGGAGGAGGGUCUAUUCAGGCUGCCAGGACAAGCCAACCUGGUCAAGGAGCUGCAGGAUGCCUUCGACUGUGGAGAAAAACCUUCUUUCGAUUGUAACACAGAUGUGCAUACAGUAGCCUCUCUACUGAAGCUGUACCUCAGAGAGCUGCCGGAGCCCGUCAUCCCCUUCCACAAGUAUGAUGAGUUUCUGGCCUGUGCCAAGCUUCUCAGCAAAGAUGAUGAAAUGGGUUUGAAGGAGUUGAGAAGGCUUGUUGAAUGUCUACCUCCAGUGAACUACAACCUACUCAAGUACAUCUGCAGAUUUCUAGAUGAAGUCCAGUCAUAUUCAGGAGUGAAUAAAAUGAGCGUCCAAAACUUGGCCACAGUCUUUGGGCCAAAUAUCUUAAGGCCGAAGGUUGAGGAUCCAGUAGCUAUUAUGGAAGGUACUGUUCUGGUCCAGCAGCUCAUGGCUGUUUUAAUUGGCCGCCAUGAUGUGCUAUUCCCUCGCGAUGAGGACAGCCCCACAGCUCUCGAGCUUGUCAACAACAACAUCGAACUACAGCGGCGACAAGCCACCACAACUACCUCCGCCAUCACUACAGUGUCUCAGAAUGCAGAGAACAACAACACGCAGGUGGUGCGGCAGUGUGUUUGGGAAGCACCUGAAUCUCCUUCGCACCGCCAGCAUGUUGACAACAGUGGCUCCCCACGAUCAGCUAGCCCUCGUAAUGGUGUCAUAGGACGCUUUGACAUCACCCGCAGUCCACCACUGACUGUCAAAAAGAACCCAGCUUUCAGCAAAGGCAGUGGGAUCGUUACAAACGGCUCCUUCAGCUCCUCGCCCUCCUCAGACCCCAAUCAAGAAAAGAGCCAGACUUUGACUGGAGGUGGAAGUUUGCCAGUGCGGCGCAGUGGGACGCUCAAAGGGUCCGGCACAAAAAUGGGCACCAGUGGUGUUACCAGUGGAAGCAGCACCGGAGGGAAUGGGACUGGAGCUGUGCGCAUGGGCAUUUCUGGCUCUGAUGUGGUCACAGGGAGUCUGAACGGCCGCAAUGGUCUUUGGGUACCAAAUGGCUGUGUCACGUUACGCGAGAACAACAAAACACGUGACUGCUCCAAUGGGGAUCAAAUAACCAAUCAAAACCGCCUGUCCACGUAUGACAAUGUCCAGUUAAACCAUCAGAACCUGCACCAGCAGAACCAGAUCACCAACACGUGUCUGAACAGCAGCUGUGAGGACAAGCAGAGUGUAGACAGCGCCACGUGGUCCACCUCCUCCUGUGAAAUCUCUCUUCCUGACAACUCCACUUCCUGUCGCUCCUCCACCACCACCUGCCCUGAACAGGACUUCUAUGGAGGUCACUAUGAAGACCUGGAUGGACAAGCACAGGAUAAUGAGCCAGCCCAGUCCGGUGGAGGAGGAGAGAGGGAGGGCAGAAACAGCAACAGAGAAGGAAGUGGAGAUGGAGCAGGGAGGAGCAGUCGUGGCACCAGCAGUAGUGAUAAUAGUGAUUGUUUCACUGGUGGUAAUGGAACCGGCAGUCACAGUGCUCUGCACAGCUUAGUGGCCAGUCUUAAACAGGAGAUGCACAAGCAGAAGACCGAGUACGAGGCCAGGAUAAAGAGCUUGGAGCAGCGUAACCUGGAGCUGGAGACCGAAAUGGUAAGCCUCCAUGAAGAGCUGGACCAGGAGAGGAAGAAGUACACAAUGGCGGAGAUCAAGCUGCGCAACGCCGAGCGCGCCAAGGACGACGCUGAGCGGCGAAAUCAGACGCUGCAGAAAGAGAUGGAACAGUUUUUCUCCACGUUUAGUGACCUCACUGCAACUGGCACCACCACAGCCGCCGACCCCCGCCGACCAGAUCAUAACAGCACCAUCUGGAUACAGUGAAGGAAGGGGGGGAUUGGGGCUGUAAUGUCAGUGCAGACUGGAAACGGUUUAUUAUGUGAUGUGAACAUUACGAGGGCUCCAAACAGGAUUUGGCUGCUGGUUGUAGAGGGACAGUUGGGAAGUUACAUUGCAAAGGAUGCAAGCAUGUUUUAAUUUAAGAAAUAGGAGGUGUAGGGCUAAUUAAAGCCACCUGUAUAAAAGUACAUAUCACCUGGAGUGAUGCCCGACUGACAUUAUCUGUAAAUACAGCAUUAUUUAAACACUCUCCAACCUACUCAAAAACUGGUGGUAAUCAUCUGAGUGGAGCAAAGGCACAGUACACCAUAGUCUACGAUGAUACACAGUUGUACUAUUAUUUUACUUUGGCUCCUAGAGCCAUAAUUGGACGGAAAGAAAAACAUUAAUGGUUAUAUUCAGUAACAAAAAUUAGAAAAUAAAUACCAGCCGUGGACAUGAAAACACAAAGACAAUGCAAAAACUCCUCCCUAUCUUAAUUCACUUUUAAAAUCUAACCAAAAACAUGUUAUUGUUCCAUGUAUCUCUGUAUCUGCUCAUGUACAUAGUGGGAAACAAUGCAGAAAAACACAGUGUCGUAUGUAUGUAAAAAGAAAAGUAAUACGUAAAUGUUUAUCUGAUAUUUAAGCAAAGUUAUCAACUUGUGAUAUUUUAUAUUAAGAUUUUUUCCUUGCACUUACAUGUUUGUUUAGUCUCUGCAAGGUGGUACUGAAUGUUCUGUCGGUCAAUGUGUGUACCAUUUAAAUUGGACAAUAUACUGUAUAUGUGCCUGUGCUUCUGUGCUGUUUCAUUUACCCCAUGACCAAAAAAAGAGCCUGUACUGUAAAUAUUUUAUAGCUAAUCGUAGACACUACUUGUUAGUCUGCACUGUGGUUUGACGCAUAUUCAGAUGGAUAUGGCACGUAUUGAGUGGAUACUAAUUGAGAAUGUUUUAUAGCUUGUAAAAAUGAAUUUUAAGCCUUGCACGAUGGGUCAUUGGCAUAAGUCCCAGAAAAAAUAAAAACGUCUGUCAUGAAUUCAGAAUUUCAGGUGGCAAAUUGUACUCUUCCCCCAUUAACAGAUGUGCUGUCACUCUAUGAACGCUCUUGGGAAUUACAGUUUACAGGCUGCCUCGAGCAUUUGAGAUUCCAGUUUUAAAAAUACUCUCAUGACGUCUUCUGACAAUUCAUCCACCUGACGAAACUGGUUUUCAUCCUAACCUAGCACAGAAUAAUAAGCUGCAGCAAGAAAGUACCGACACAGAGUCGUGUUUGUGGGUCAUAACUGUGAAAAAAGGGGAUUAGAGCAUCAAGUGUGUCACUAUUGAGGACAUUAACAGCCCGGUUGCUAGAUUCAGUAGCAAGUGAUGUGUGCAUGAUGGCGCAUGAGUCCAUAAUGACCAGUGUACUAUAAGUGAAUGUCUGUAAAGUGACUGCAUAUUGAUGAAGUCUAUAUGAGUGUAUUUAUGUAGCUUUGAACCAAAUGUCUACACCCAAUGUGGAUUUGCUAAUGGGUACAAAACAGGACACAUCUGAGACAUCUGAACAGACCUCAGCUGGACUUCUGUCAAAAGAAGUAUACGUGUGCACAGGCCUGCUGCUGGCUACUCUUCCUCUGAAGACCAGGUCCCAUUUAAACCUGCUGCUGGUCAAUGCAGGACAUCUGGAAUGUGCACAUGGAGUUUAAAAAAAGUGCCUGAACAACUGAAGGAAGGAGGGGGAGCCCGUGCUUCUCAUUUUGCACCCUUCACCGGGAAGUAACAGGCUUAAGCCGAGCUGACAGUGGCACCUCGUUCUGUGAAUUCCACACAAAAGAGCAGAUUAUGGACACAGAUGGAGAGGAGGACUGGGAUAGUGGAAUAUUUUCAUGACAUGAUACUUGAUACACAAAAUAACUUCAAAAAAAUGAUAUGAAUAAAAAUGCAUUUUCAUGUGA